CGUGUGCGCGCACGCCCCCGGGAGACACCACCAGGAAACAUGGCGGCGCUGAUGACUCUCAGCCAGUUGUCAAGCGGGAACCCGGCGUACGAAAGCUACUACAGACAGCUGGAUCCGGUUAGCAGUGGCAAAGUAUCGGCUGGGGAUGCGGCUCAGUUCCUGAAGAAGUCAGGACUGUCAGACAAUACACUGGGCAAGAUAUGGGAUUUGGCUGACGCAGAGCGAAAGGGCUAUCUGGACAAACGGGGCUUCUUCAUUGCCUUGAGACUGGUGGCCUCGGCGCAGGCAGGACACGAAGUCAGCCUCAGCAACCUGAGCCAAACGGUUUUGCCUCCUAAGUUUCGAGACAACAACAGCCCUCUAUUGAGUGCCUCAGCAACUGAUUCAAGUUGGGCAAUAAGGCCGGAUGAAAAGGGGAAGUUUGAGGGCAUCUUUGAGAGUCUGUCCCCCAUCAAUGGCCUCCUCUCAGGCGAUAAAGUGAAGCCCAUUUUGAUCAACUCCAAACUACCUCUGGAUGCGCUGGGAAGGAUCUGGGACUUGGGCGACGCGGACAAAGAUGGGUACCUGGACAAGGAGGAAUUUCUUGUGGUCAUGCAUCUUGUGUAUCGAGCAAUGGAGAAAGAGCCGGUGCCGACGACUUUACCCGCAUCCUUGAUCCCUCCCUCAAAGAGGAAAAAAGUGCCUGGUGCGCUGCCUGGCGCCGUGGCCGUCCUGCCCAGCCGGCCUGGGUUUUUGGGUACCUCGCUUCCUCUCAGAGACAGCUUCCGAAGUGCUUCUCCUCUCACCACCUCAACUAGCAACCUCUCCCCAAAGUACUCCUUCAGAGCAAGCAAACAGCCGGAGGAGAAGUGGGUGGUGCCGGUGGCCGACAGGGAGCGCUACUAUGACGUCUUCAAGAAAACCGUCAAGGAGAACGACAGCUUGAUCAGCGGAACGGAGGUCAUUGAGAUCUUCAUGCACGCCAGCCUCUCCCAGACCAUGCUGGCACAAAUCUGGGGUCUGGCCGACACCAAACAUACAGGCAAGCUGACCCGGGAACAGUUCUGUCUGGCCAUGCACCUCAUCCAGCAGAAGAUCACCAAAGGCAUCGACCCGCCAUCCACUCUUACGCCGGACAUGAUUCCGCCUUCGGAGAGGACGGCGGCUUUAGCAGCGAUCCCCCCUGACAUCGCCGUUGCGCCAGCAGAGCUGACGGGUGUCAAAGAGCUGGAUGACAUCAGCCAGGAAAUAAGUCAACUGCAGAGAGAUAAAUAUAUCCUUGAACAAGAGAUAAGGGAAAUGCAAGAAACUAUCAGGAAGCAGAAUAUUUCUGUUCAAGACAUGCAGCAGGACUUUGACCGGGAGAGCAGCGGCCUGCAGGACAUGGAGUUUCAAAAGCAGGACGCACAGAAGCGCCUGGAUGAGAUGGACCAGCAGCGUUCCAAGCUGGAGGGGAUGCUCAACGAUGUCAAGCAGAAGUGUCAAGAAGAGACGCAGAUGAUCUCAACUCUGCAGGGUCAGAUCCGCUCCGAGGAGACCAACAUGCAGAGCCGGGAGCAACAGGUGGGCCGCACCAAGGCGGACCUCAGUCGGCUGCAGGACGAGGAGGCCCAGCUGGAGCAGAACCUGCUAUCAGGGCGCGUUCGGCUAGACAGCAUCAGCAAGUCUCUGAAGAACACCCAGGAAGAGAUCAACCAGGCUCGCAGUAAGCUGUCACUCAUCCAGGAGAAUCAGAAGGAGGUCUCCAAGACCAUCGAGCAGUACAACAAAGCCCUGAGCGACCUCGGGGGAGGAAACAACAUGGCUAACAUGAGCGACCUGCUCGGCGAGAAUGAGAACAGUGUCUUCAGAAGUGUGGAUGAAUCAUUCAAGUCAAGACGAGCCAUGUUCAACCAAAGCGCUUCCAAGGCAGCAGACCCUUUCCAGACAGAAGACCCCUUCAAGUCCAACCUCUUUAAAGAUUCUUUUGGAGAUCCUUUCAAAGAAAGCGACCCCUUCAAAGGCACCUCAUCCGAAGAUGUCUUCAGCAGGACUGGUAGCUUGUUUGCACACUCCGAAGCUUUUGCAGGAAAACCCAGGCCUCCAAUUAAGCCUGGCUCCUUCAGUGGUAGCGACCACUUUUCAUCCCUCGGCUCCAAACCAAAGAAUUCAGAGUCCUUCAGGACGGCAGACCACUUUGGAAGCACCGCCUUUAGAAACAAAGCCGGAUUUACCGAUUUUGGCCAGAUGUCAAAGAAGCCCGAUAACCCUGUUCUCCCAUCAAAGAAAAGCAUGCCUAGCCGGCCUGCACCUCCCUAUGAAAAUGAAGGCGAGCAGUUUGGAAGUGAAAGCCAGCAGCUGGAGUGGGCCAAGCGGGAGAGCGAGCGUGAGGAACGUGACAGGCUGCAGCGGCUGAAGGUCCAGGAGCAGCAGGACCUGGAGCUGGCCAUCGCUCUUAGCCGGGCCGACAUCACCAGCUCCUGAGAGGCGCUCGACAAACUCCACUCCUCCUUCCUUCCCAGCUUUCUGACGUUUGCACUGACACCGAACCAACACUCCAAAAGCCCUCCGAGACCCUGAACCAGUGAUGCACCCGCCAUGCGAUGGCAUCGUGUCAAAUAACUGCGCUUUUUUAAAUUCAUUGCUCCCAAACAUGAUGCCAUAAUCAUGGCCAGGAUGGAUCCUCCUGGUACAUCGCGUGCUUUCAUUUGGACUCAACGUAGCCAUCUAAAGGAAACACGACGCAGGUGGCCACUCAGGUUUUGUCUCUGUUAUGCUGCCUUAUUCCAAAGCCUGCCAGGAAACUAACUUUUUUUUAAUUAUCAUUAUUUUUACUGUGUUUUAUUGUAUUUAUAAGCAAAGGUGUGAGUGAACGUGUGCUCCAUGAAUGAACUUGUUAAAUGCACUAAAUCAGAUGUUUUUAUUUUUCAGAGAUUCUUUUGGAGGAACUUAAUAUCCUGUACCGUAUUUUUCGGAGUAUAAGUCGCUCCGAAGUAUAAGUCGCACGGGCCGAAAAUGCAUAAUAAAGAAGGAAAAAAACAUAUAUAAAUCGCACUGUAGUAUAAGUCGCAUUUUGGGGGGAAAUGUAUUUGAUAAAAGCCAACACCAAGAAUAGACAUUUGAAAGGCAAUUUAAAAUAAAUAAAGAAUAGUGAACAACAGGCUGAAUAAGUACGUUAUAUGAGGCAUGAAUAACCAACUGGUAUGUUAACGUAACAUAUUAUGGUAAGAGUCAUUCAAAUAACUAUAACAUAUAGAACAUGCUAUACGUUUACCAAACAAUCUGUCACUCCUAAUCGCUAAAUCCCAUGAAAUCUUAUACGUCUAGUCUCUUACGUGAAUGAGAUAAAUAUUUGAUAUUUUACGCUAUCUGUGUUGGCCCUGCGAUGAGGUGGCGACUUGUCCAGGGUGUACCCCGCCUUCCGCCCGAUUGUAGCUGAGAUAGGCUCCAGCGCCCCCCGCGCCCCCAAAGGGAAUAAGCGGUAGAAAAUGGAUGGAUGGAUGGGUGUUAAUUUCACACAUAAGUCGCUCCUGAGUAUAAGUCGCUAGAGAUGCGCGGAUAGGCAAUUAUUUCAUCCGCAACCGCAUCACAAAAGUCGUCAACCAUCCGCCAUCCACCCGAACUAACAUUUAAUCAAAACUGCACCCGCCCGCACCCGCCCGUUGUUAUAUAUCUAAUAUAGACGAUGCAAGGCAUUAGUGAAGUUAUAAAGCUUUUUUGCCUGUUAAAGAAA